AUGGCGAUGGGCAAGAGUUUCCGCGUCUACGAGAAGCUAGAUUCUCCCAAGCCGCACUCGGUCAUACUCGAACAGCGGGGCCGCAAGGAGACGCUGCUCUUCGAAUCGCAGGCAAUCGCGGUCCUUUCCGCCGAGGAGUACGAGUUCCUAAAACCAAAAUAUACUAAAUUGUUGGACGCGUACGGAUGUCUGGGCGUUCUGCAGCUGAAUGCAGGCGAGAACACUCUGUUGUACCUCGUUCUUGUUACCGGAUGCUUUUCCGUUGGAAAGAUCGGCGAAUCGGAGGUAUUUCGAAUAACUCAGUCGAGUUUUGUACCUCUGUUCUACAGUCAAGGAAUGGAGGAUCGCGUGUCCGAGGUCAGGAAGGUCCUGAAUUCUGGAACGUUUUAUUUCUCCUGGUCUGCUGGACAGAAGUCGCUCGAUAUUACGUUGAGCGCUCAGAGAAGAUGCAAAUCUACGACUACGGAUAAUAGAUUCUUCUGGAAUCGAAUGUUGCACAUCCAUCUAUUGAGAUACGGCGUAGAUACGAGUCAAUGGUUAUUGAAAGCAAUGUGUGGUAGUGUGGAGAUUAGAACCGUCUAUGUUGGACACAGACAAGCUCGAGCGGUGCUUAUGUCUAGAUUAAGUUGCGAACGUGCUGGCACUAGAUUUAAUGUUAGAGGAACUAACGAUGAUGGACAUGUGGCGAAUUUCGUGGAAACAGAACAGGUGAUCUAUAUAGACAACGAAGUGACGUCUUAUGUUCAGACGAGGGGUUCGGUGUCUCUGUUCUGGGAACAACCUGGUAUACAAGUCGGUUCCCACAAAGUGAAAAUUUCACGCGGCUUCGAGACUUCCGCGCCCGCCUUUGACAGGCAUUUAGACAUGAUCAAAAAGCGGUAUGGUCAACAAGUCAUCGUCAAUCUUCUUGGUUCCAGUUUGAUUGGCAGCAAAGAAGGAGAAGCGAUGUUGAGUCAGUUGUUUCAAACCCAUCAUAAUAUGUCAGAACACAAAGACGUGCCGCACAUCCUGUUUGAUUAUCAUCAGGAGUGUCGCGGCGGAAACAUGAAAAAUCUGUCGAAGCUAAAGGCAAAGGUCGAAAAGUACCUGGAGUCGUUUUCGCUGUUUUAUGCUGUCGGUAAUACCGUAAUUCUCGAACAAACUGGCACAAUCAGGACGAAUUGUCUGGACUGUUUGGACAGAACAAACUGUGUACAAACGUUUUUCGCGCUUGAGAUGCUUGCCAAACAGAUGGGUUUGUUAAAACUGAUGGAAAAGCAGCAGAUGGUUUCGAGAUUUGAGGAAGUGUUUCGUCAGAUGUGGAUCAAUAAUGGUAACGAGGUCAGCAAGAUAUACGCGGGUACUGGUGCCAUCCAGGGUAGUUCUAAAUUGAUGGACGGCGCGAGAUCAGCAGCUAGAACGAUACAAAAUAAUUUACUGGAUUCUAACAAGCAGGAGGCGAUCGAUAUCUUAUUAUUAGGUUCAACGUUAAAUACAGAACUAGCUGACAGAGCACGUUUAUUGUUGCCAUCCAACAUGUUACAUGCCGCACCAAAUCUUUUGCGAGAAAUGUGCAAGCGUUAUAACGAGUAUGUGAAUACAAUGAAUCUCAGAGUGAGCGUCGGUACUUAUAACGUUAACGGAGGCAGACAUUUUAGAAGUGUAGUUUAUAAGGAUGUAUCUCUGGCCGAUUGGUUAUUCGAUGGACCAAACAGAUCUUCGUUUUUGGUAUCCCUACAGGAAGACAAUGUUCCUGUAGAUAUAUUUGCGAUAGGAUUCGAGGAGAUCGUUGACUUGAAUGCCAGUAAUAUUAUGGCCGCCAGUUCGGAUAACGCCAAGGCUUGGGCCGAGGAACUGCAGAAGGUGCUAUGCAAGGACACGGAAUACGUUCUCGUGACAUAUCAGCAGCUGGUAGGCGUUUGCCUGUACUUAUUUAUACGACCUGUACACGCACCGUAUCUGCGCGACGUGGCAGUGGAUUGUGUGAAAACGGGAUUAGGAGGCGCUACCGGGAACAAAGGCGCUGCAGCGAUUAGAUGCGUGCUAUACUCCACGUCCUUCUGUUUCGUAUGCGCGCAUUUCGCUGCUGGUCAGUCCCAAGUGAAUGAACGUAACGCUGACUAUGCCGAGAUUACAAGGAAGAUAACAUUUCCCAUGGGUAGAACGCUUAACACUCACGAUUAUGUGUUUUGGUGUGGUGACUUCAAUUAUAGAGUCGACAUGGACAAGGAUGAGAUGAAGGAAUUGAUCAAGCAAAAUGAAUUGGAUCAGAUAUUGCAAUACGACCAAUUGAGGGUUCAACAAGAACAGGGCAACGUGUUUAAGAACUUCCAGGAAGGAUCCAUUACUUUCGCUCCCACGUACAAAUAUGAUUUGUUUUCGGAUGAUUAUGACACCAGCGAGAAGUGUCGUCAACCCGCAUGGACAGACAGAGUUCUUUGGAAGCGCAGAAAGCAAAUACCUGAUAUUGAUUCGCCUACAGAUUGGAAUCCAGGAAAGUUGGCUUAUUAUGGCAGGGCAGAAUUGAAGCAAAGUGAUCAUCGACCGGUAAUUGCAACGAUCGAUAUAGACGUGCACUGUGUCGAUCCCGAGAAACGCGAGUGCGUGUUCAAGGAAGUGAUACAAGAUCUGGGUCCUCCCGAUGGCACGAUAAUAGUCAAGGCGGUGGAGGAUAUCGAGGAUAUGGACAGCGUGUUUGAUAAUAAUCUUAUGUUCGCGUUGAUACAAGACCUAUCUCACAUUGGCGAGGCAAUUCUAGUACGUUAUGUCGGUGAGACUAUCUGGGUGACAUUCAGAGAUGGUCAGUGCGCCCUCGCUGCGGCGAAGAAGGGCAUGACCCAGGUGUGUGGUCAAACAUUGAAAUUGUCUCUGAAAUCGCCUGACUGGGUACAACAAAUCGAGAAAGAGAUCGAGAUCUGCAGCAACACUACGAUCGCUCAGUUCACGGCGGACUCGCCAUUGAGAAGUCCCAUGCAACGAUUGGAACAAUUAGAGAUUUCCGAUCGGCCGUCUCCCAGCAGAGGCAGUCCGAAUGGUGUAAUCCCACCCCCAAGACCAGCACCACCAGGCCGACCUUCCCAGCCACCGAAAAGUCCCGUUCACGAGCGGAAGCAAAUACCACGAGCGGGUGUCUUCAGCGUGAUUCCCAAUCAAUUCGCGCGCCCGGUGACGCCACCAAUUGCGGAUGUGAUGGAGGAUGAUCAACAAGACGAGAGACUUUCGCCGGAUUCGGCCAUAUACGAGGAAAUACUUGACGGAUCGCCCAGUUACCCUGUACCAAAUCGGCCACCGCCGCCGUUACCACGUAUGGAUGGUCCUCAGGAAUCACUGAGCAGACCACCGCCCAGCUCGGUACCUCCUCCGUUGCCGCAUAGACAAGCUCCGCCACCUCCGCAGCACCCACCACCGAGUCUACCCCCGUCGAACGCUCCACCACCCGUUCCAGCAAGAACCACCGGUGGGCCGCCCAUUCCGGCCAGAAAUCCUCACUAAAAGAGACGAAAGAGUAGAUAGGAUGCAUAUCCUGUUAGCCAGA